CUUGUAAUACAAUCAGGUUCUUGCUUUGACUCAUUGUAUCCAACCCGUGACAGUUUCAACGGACGUCUUUCAACGGACGUCCAGUCUAAACUCCGUAAACUCCAUCACCAACAAAGUCUCGCGGCCAUAAAAACCCAAUUAUAUAUCUAACGACUUGUCCUUCUCUCUCAACCAAUUUCCCAACUUUCCAGCACUUUACCAAUAUCAUCCUUCACCAUGCCACCACCCAAAGUCAUCGUCUUCGGUCCCACAGGAGCAGUCGGUUCCGCAGCAGCACUCACAGCCUCAGAACUCGGCGCCCCCGUCAUCCUCGCCAUGCGCGACCCCUCAAAACCAAUCCCCGUUCUCUCAGAUCUCGAAAAGGCCGCCAACUUCACGCGCAUCUACGCCGACCUAACGAAACCCGACACGGUGCACGCCGCCAUCUCCACCACAGGCGCCAAACACGCGUUCCUGUACUGCGCGCACGGCACGCCAGAUCACAUGAAAGCCACCGUCCAAGCCCUGAAAGCGGCUGGUAUCGAAUUCGUCGUGUUCCUGAGCAGUUACACGGUGCGCGGGGAUCUGGAGGCGAUUCCGCCUGCCGAGGCGAUUCCGUACGUGCAUGCGCAGGUCGAGAUUCAGCUCCGGGAGGUGUUCGGCGAAAAGGGAUUCGUGGCGGCGAGGCCGGGGAGCUUUGCGAGUAAUACGCGGCAGUACGCGAAGGAGGUGAGGGAGGGGGAGGUGAGGAUGUAUCGGCCGGGGUUGAAGGUUGAUUGUAUUGUGCCGGAGGAUAUUGGGCGGGUUUGUGGGGGGAUUUUGGUGCGGGGACCAAGGGAUGGGGAGGAGAGGGCGGUUUAUUUGUAUGGGCCGGAGUUGUUGACGCAGGAGGGUACUGUAAAGGUUUUGGAGAAGGUGUUGGGGAAGGAGAUUAAGGUGAGGGAGUUGGAUGAGGGGGAGACGUAUAAGAUGUUCAUGGAUCGCGGGACGCCGGAGUAUUUUGUUAAGUAUAUGAUUAAUCUGAUGAAACGGAGUGGUACUGAAGAAUAUCAAGUGUACGGGUAUCCGGUGGCGAAGGAGGAGUUGUUGAACGUCGAGAAAUAUUCGGGGAGGAAAGCUACGACGUUCGAGGAGUGGGCAGAGCAGAAUAAGGAGAGUUUUGUUUCUUAAAGCUAGCACAAGCAGUUUUAGCAGGGAGCAUAAUCGCAAAAUCGGGCAUCAAAACAGCUGUAAGCUAUUGUCUAGAAUGAAAGGCAACUGAGCGUUGAGCUCUUUUAUUCUCAGCUGCUACUCGAUAAAGUUGCGGGAUUUAUUGAGAUCUUAAAAGAGGGAUUUCAAGUGACGCAGUGAAGCUCUCUGGUAUUCCUAGCUUGUGUAUAUUCGAAUGUAGCAUAAUUAAGCCAGAAACCGC